UCUGUCCUGUCUAACAGGCUGUGCAACUUAAUGACAGAACGAAACACAGAGGCCAGGAAAGUGAAUGACAGAAAGGCAUGGAGACUGACAGGGACACGGUUGCAGGGACAGCCUGAAAAAACACCAUAAGGACAAGGACAAUUAAAGAAGCGGUGCGGGCACAGCCAGACUGGCAGCAACAAGGCAAGACUGGCAGACAAGACAGUAACAUCCAGAGAACUGGGCUCCUGUUUCUAUAUCUAAACUGCAAUUUCAACUCAUCCGCACUUACAGGUGUAGAGCUAAUCCAUCUCCUAUACAGGCCUGUUACGUUCCUAUGUGCACAUUCAGUAUAUGUACCAAUAGCCCAUAUUUGGUUACUCAGAACGAUACAGACGUAUCUGAACAUGAAAUUGCGUGGCUGAGUCACAUAGAUUUAUUAAACAGCUGCUCCCUGCGGUGAACAAGAACACGGAAGAGGAACUGUUCUGUAUAUUUAUAGUGAUAAAGAAUUUUGGCAAGGGUUCGUGUAUAGAUCCAAAAUAUUUUGUUCUGCAUUCCUAACACUAUCAGAAAAAAAAUUAUGGCCACAUCAUCUAUACGUCGUCAAGUAAAGAACAUUGUACAUAAUUACUCGGAAGCAGAAGUCAAGGUGCGAGAAGCUACUUCCAAUGACCCAUGGGGUCCAUCUACAUCCCUCAUGUCUGAGAUAUCUCUUAUGACACACCACGCGGAAGCUUUCCCCGAGGUAAUGAUUAUGAUUUGGAAGAGGCUUAAUGACAGUGGGAAGAACUGGCGCCAUGUGUACAAAGCUCUCACCCUCCUGGAUUAUCUUAUUAAGAAUGGGUCGAAGAGGGUGGUAGAUGAGUGCAAUGAGACUAUCCACUCUGUACAGACACUGAAGGACUUUCAGUUUAUGGAUCGCGAUGGAAAGGAUCAAGGCAUCAAUGUGCGGGAAAAAGCAAAGCAAAUUGUCUCCUUGCUGAAAGAUGAGGAAAGACUGAAACAAGAAAGAAUACAAGCAAAGAACACAAGGAGGAGGAUAUCGCAAGGAUUCAAUGGCAUUAGCAUUCGAAAGACAAGUUUAAGUCAAGACGCUUCAGGCUCGUGUUCAGAGCUCUCUCCAGAGCUAGAGCAAGUCAGACCCCAGAGUAGUGGUGAGGAAGAACUUCAGCUUCAACUUGCACUAGCCAUGAGCCAAGAAGAGGCUGAGAAGAAGAAGGUUCCUCCAGCCCCAAAUGAAGAAGAAGAGCAGCAGCUGCAAACAGCAUUGAACCAGAGUAAAGAAGAAUAUGAAAAGCAAAUGAGGUUGGUUCAAGGUGAGAAAUCGUUGAUUGAGAGGGCUCAUAACCAAUUCAAACCAUCUAAUGAAUAUCACGAGUUGGAAGGAGUCAAGAAACCAUAUAAAUCUGAGACACAUCUUUUGGAUCUGGAUGAUAUAUUUGGCCCUGCACCAUCAUCAUCUACAGACCCCUGGAAUUCUGUACCUUUACCGCCUCCAAAUAAUGGCCUAACAAGAUCAGUUUCAUUCGGGUCUUUAUAUCCAACUUGGGCAACAAGUGGAGUUUCAGCUAGAGAUUCUUCAUCACUUUCUUGGGAUAUGCCUUCUCCUACCACCCAGCUUCGAGAAGAUCAGGCAAGCCAAAGCAUAAUAUUUGGUUCUGAUCCAUCGCCAGGCUUAAAGGAAGCAACGAUUGUUGUAAAGAAUACGCCUUCUGAUCCGUGGGGGGACAAUACUCAAAGCCUUGCUGACAGCACCUUCAAGUCUCCCUUAAUGUCUGAAUCCCCUUUUGAACUAGAUCUCUUUGGAGAAGUUGUCUCAACCACUAAGUCGAACACAGAUAGUCUCAAUUUAAAGCCUCUUGAAGAUUCCCUUGAUGAUGCCAAAGCCAAUCCUCGAUGUCGUACCCCAGAGUCCUUUUUAGAUCAAGCCGCACUGUCCCUUGUCAAUCUGGAUAGUUUGAUUCCUGGCUCAGGAUCUAGUGCCAAGAACAGAAACCCCUUUGCUUCUGGACUCAACACACCAUCACCUAACAACCCAUUCCAACUGGGAGAGCAGAAACUCUCUCUAAACCAGAUUAGAACCACCUCCCCAGAGCCGGGAACAAGCACUCCACUAAUGCCUCAGCAAAAUGUUUCUACAAUGCCAGCCAUCUCUAUGGGGCACAUGCCGAACACCUUAACAGCUUUUUCUACAGGGCCUGGCUUUGUUAUGCCAACUUCCACCCAGCUUCUGAUUCCACUGUAUGGCCCUCCAGCUUCACUGGGAAUGCCUCCCUCACUGAGUGUUCCACUCAAUCAAUUGCCAACUGCACAUCAAGUACCAUUCAGUUUACCACCACCAAUAGUGCCACAAUCUUCCCAGGGUGGGAAUAAUCCUUUCCUGUGAUCUUUUGCAUUGUGUAUGCAUUGCAGGUUCUGGAAUCACUUCUGGGAUGAACCAUUUUGGCUAUACAGACAAUUAUACAAUGAACUUGUGGCCCUUGUUGCAAGGCAGCGGUAACACUUAACAAACUUGUCUAAUCAGUUAAACCGAGAGAGAAUUGUAUUGUUUAUUUUCUUUACAACAUGAACCAGCUUCAUUCACCAAUAAGAUGGACUUUGCUGCCCUUUCUAAUGGGUAAUUAUUAUGAAUCUGGCAGCAAUAAAUGCCUCUGGUCUAUAAAACGUGGGUACACAAUUCCUUACCUGCCUAAUUGCUCCUGGUACCAGGAUUCAUUAACAUUACUGCUGAGUCAGGUGAAGAAUUACUUAAAUGCCUCCUUCAGCUACACAAUAUACCCUGAAAUUGUCAUGUUAUUCUGGCAAUUAGCACGUCUCAUUUACACUGCAAUUAGAUAAGGUGGAUGCCUUCAGAAGAGGGUUUUAAAGAAACAUGUUGAAGUGGAUUAUUUUGUGUUAUGUUCUAUUUUGGUCUAGCACUGAGUUCUUUCACCAUCAGAGACAGAGGGAGGGGGUUACAGGUGGUAUACAGUAUGUGGUACAAUGAACAAACCUAGGCCUUAUUAUUAUAUAAUAUAUAUAGAAUUGCAGUUUCUGUGUAAGAUGCAAAGCAAAUACACUACAUAGGUAUCAUAUGGGAAAUCUAAAGAUAUAAAGUAUUAAUUGGAUUAAUAAAAAUAUUGAUUUUGUUUGGA